CCAUUAGGAAAGAAAGAAUAAGAAGGAAAAAUCUCCAUCAACAAUUGUAGCGAGUGGAAAUCGAGAGCCCGAACGCCCCCUUCUUGCUUUGCUCGAGCGGGUGGAAACGACGAUAAUUAGGGUUUUCCGAAACCCUAGCUGGGAAUCACCAAGAUCCCUGGCUUGAAACGAUCCAUGGAAGAACCAGUAGGAGGAGGAGGAGGAGAGGAUUCAUCGGCCGUCGCUGAGCCCUAUCCCCCAAGUCCACCAGGCGACGAUAACCCGCCGCCGUCGUCGCCGCAGCUGCCGGUGGCCGGCGAGCCCGGCUCUCCUCGAUGCCACCAGGCGGAGUCUGGAUCCUUGUCAUCCUCGCCCCCUUCCGGCUCUGACCUAGCUGUCCCGAAACUUGUGGCCUUGGAGGCUGUCGGCAAUGCCGCCCCCGCUGGUGAUGGUGAUGCUGUCGGCGGGGAGGCAGCAAGGGAGAGUUUGGAGGAAGCCGAUGACGCGCAAAUUACGCAGUGCGAGCAGGCGGUCGAUCACCGCGAGGCAGAGGUUUCGAUGCCUCGGGGUUCCCUUGCAGCGUCCCCUUCCCUUUCUGAUGGCGGUUUUGAGAAAGUUAAGGCUUUUGAGCCUGACGCAAGCGACAUCGCUGCUGGUGAUGAUGACCUCUUGAAAGAGCCACUGCGGAUGGAUCUGGAAGAGGUUGAAAAGACGCCAAUUCCCCAGUCGCAGCGAGAGGACGGUGUGCAGGAACAAGUAUCGAUGCCUCAAGGCUUGCCUGAUGUGGCCUCCUCUGGUUUUGAUGGUAGUCUUCUGAAACCUGCUGCCUCUGAGAUUCUUACCACCGCCACCGAUGCAUGUGAGGAAGAUUCUGUGAAAGAGGCAAUGUCAAAGAUGGAUGUCGACAGCGUGCCAAUUCCCCAGUGGCAUCAAAGGAAGGACUUUGUUCAGGAACAAGUGCUGAUGCCUCGAGACUUGCCUGCUGUACCACCCUCUGGUUCUGAUGGUGGUCUCCUGAAAUUUGCUGCCUUUGAGAUUGACGCCACUGAUGCAAGUGAGGAAGAUUCUGUGAAGGAGGCAAUGUCAAAGAUGGAUGUUGAUAGCGUCCCGAUUCCCCAGUGGCAUCGAGGGAUUUUGAUGCCUCAAGGCUUGCCUGUUGUGUCAUCCUCUCGUUCUGACAGUGGUCUCCUGAAAUUUGCUGCCUUUGAGUCUGACGCAACCACCUCCAGUGCUGGUGGAAAAGAUUCUGUGAGAGAGGCAAUGUCAAAGAUGGAUGUUGACAGUGUGCCAAUUUCUCAAUGCAAUCAAGGGAAGGACUUUGUCCAGAAAGAGGUUUUGAUGCCUCAAGGCUCGCCUGCUGUAUCUCCCUCUGGUUCUGGUGGCUCUCUCCUGAAAUUUGCUGCCUUUGAGAGUGAUGCCACGGAUACCAAUGCAUGUGAUGACGAUGCUGUGGAAGAGGCGGCACCAAAGAUGUAUGUAGAUAGUGCUCCAGUUCCCCAAUGUCAUCAAGGGAAGGAUGGUGUUCAGGGAGAGGUUUUGAUGCCUCAGGGCUCACCAGCUGUAUCCUCCUCUGGUUUGAAUGGUGGUCUCCUGAAAUUUGGUGCCUUUGAUGUCGACACCUCUGCCAACAAUGCAGAUGAUACUGCUACUGUGGAGGAGGAAGUGCCACAGAUAGAUGUUGAUGGUCUGCCAAAUGUCACAUGCAAGCAGGCGGAUGUGUGUGAGGAGGUGGAUGUUUCAAUGCCUAAGAGCCCCUCUGCUAUGUUGCCCUUUGGCUCUGGUGGAGGACUUGAGAAAAUAGCAUCCUGUGAGCCUGUUGCUGUUGCUACCACAUGUGAUGAUGAUGCUGUGAAAGAGGUGGCAUUGGCUUGUGCAGACACACUGGACAAUGUGGCACUUCCCCUAUAUGAGCAGAUGGUGAAUGCUGAGAUGGGAACUAAAAUGCUUCGGGGCUCUCUUGAUGAGUUUCCCUCUGUCUCUGAUAGAGGAGAUGAGAACAUUGCCGCAAUUGAGCCUGAUGCAGCUUCCACGUCUUAUGGCAAAACUGAUGCCAUGGAUGAUGAGGCAGCACAGAUGGAUGCAGAGACAGAUGACACACUGGUCGUUGUGCAAGCAGGUGGAGGGCGGCGGAAAAGGGGCCGACCGACUAAGUCUCAGGUUGCGAGGACUCCCUUGAAGAGGAAAGAGGAAGAGGAAGUGUGCUUUAUAUGCUUUGAUGGAGGUGACCUUGUGGUUUGUGAUCGAAGGGGUUGUCCGAAGGUAUACCAUCCUUCAUGUGUCAAUCGAGACGAGGCCUUUUUCCGUUCAAAGGGUCGGUGGACCUGUGGUUGGCAUAUAUGUAGCAGCUGUGAAAGGUCUGCCCACUAUAUGUGCUUUACUUGUACUCACUCUUUGUGUAGAGGGUGCAUCAAAGAAGCUGGAUUUUUUUGUGUUAGAGGAAACAAAGGUUUCUGCGAAACUUGCAUGAGCACUGUGAUGCUAAUAGAGACAAAUGCGCAUGGGAAUCAAGAAAUGGUCGGAGUAGAUUUUGAUGAUAAAAGUAGUUUUGAAUAUUUGUUCAAGGACUACUGGUUAGAUCUGAAAGCAAAAUUGUCAUUGUCAUUAGAAGAGUUGACAAGGGCCAAAAACCCAAUGAAGAGAUCUGAUGUGGCCAUUGGCAACGAGGAAUCUUCUGAUGAUUUGCAUCAUGUUAAAGAAGAACAAAUAGCAAGUUCAGACAGCUCCUCAGAGCACAAAGAAGAAAGCAUUUCUUCUAGGAGGAAGGUAAGAAAAAAAUCUAGAAACACCAUCAAUGAGGAAGUCUUGGUAAAAGAAGUAGAAACUCCCAGGCAAUCUGUCUGCAGGGAUAUCAGUUGGGCAUCAGAUGAACUUUUAGAGUUUGUGGCACAUAUGAAAAAUGGUGAUAGAUCUGUCCUAUCCCAGUUUGAUGUUCAAGGUCUUUUACUUGAUUACAUAAAAAGAAAUAACCUUCGUGAUCCUCGUAAAAAAAGUCAGAUUAUUUGUGAUUCAAGGCUUAAAAACCUUUUUGGAAAGCCAUGCGUGGGGCAUUUUGAAAUGCUAAAACUUCUUGAAUCACAUUUUCUUAUAAAAGAAGUUUCACCACUGGAUACUGAGGACAAGCAAGGAGGGGUAGUAGAUCCUGAUCCAGAUCCAGAUCCAGAUCAAACAGAUACUAAAGGAAUUAGUGAUGCAUCCAUGAAGCUAGCUCCUGAUAAGAGACGAAAAACACGGAAAAAAGUGGAGAAGGAAUUAUUGACAAAUCUUGAUGAUUAUGCAGCGAUAGAUACUCAUAACAUUAGCUUAAUGUAUCUGCGUCGCAACUUAAUGGAGGAAUUGCUUGAUGAUAUUUCAUUUGAUGAGAUAGUUAUUGGCUCAUUUGUAAGAAUAAGAAUUUCUGGUGUUGGUCAACGGCAAGAUAUGUAUCGUUUAGUCCAAGUUGUUGGUACAGGCAAAGCAGCAGAAAGUUACAAAAGCGGUAAGAAGACUACUGAUGUGACACUUGAGACUAUAAAUUUAAACAAGAAGGAGGUUAUUACCAUUGAUGCAAUCUCAAAUCAGGAGUUCACGGAGGUCCAAAGGAGCCUUGAUGCAGCAGAGGGCAGAUUUGUAGAAAUCCAUUAUAAAGAGGAAUGCAAACGGUUGAGACAAAGUAUUAAAUGUGGAUUUAUUGAUCGACUAACAGUGGGUGAUGUUCAGGAGAAGGCUAGAUCUCUCCAACCUGUUCGAGUAAAUGAUUGGCUAGAAAGUGAGAAGUUAAGACUUGGUCAUCUUCGUGAUCGUGCGAGUGAAAAAGGUCGUAGAAAAGAGCUUAGAGAGUGUAUAGAGAAGCUGCAGCUAUUGAACACACCUGAAGAGUGUAAUCGUAGGUUAAAUGAGGUCCCUGAAAUACAUACUGACCCACAUAUGGAUCCCGACUAUGAGUCUGCCGAGGAAGAAGAAGAGUCAGAUUUGAGAAAGCAAGAUUACUAUGACAGGUCAAGAGGAUCUUCCUUCCUUAGGAAUGGAAGGGAGGUAAAGUCUCCUGGAAAAGGAAGUUCUACUUUAAGUGAUAACCGGAGUAGUUCACGGAAAAAUUCAAAUACCUGGGACUCGAACCGAAGUGCACUGGUAGAUGGUGCUUCUAUUGCAGAUUCCUCUGCUGGCAGAGAUGUCAAUACAACUGAGUUUUCCUUGAAUCAGGCUAAUGAUGUACGCCAGGCAAAUAAUUCUGAGGCUUCAAAAAGUCAUGUAACUGCAAGUGUUUCAGAUGCUAGUCUCUAUCAUGAGAAACAGCAUAUGAUUAGAUCUGAACAGUCAGCUGAUGGUCAACAAGAAAAUCAAAUAGCACCUUUACCUGGUGAUCUUGCAGCAGUAGCAAAUGAAUCUGAUAAGAUUUGGCACUACCAAGAUCCUUCUGGGAAGAUCCAAGGGCCAUUUUCAAUGACUCAGUUACGUAAAUGGAGUAAUACUGGAUAUUUCCCUCCUAAGUUGAGGAUUUGGAGAGCUUCUGAGAAGCAAGAAGACUCCAUAUUACUCUCUGACGCACUGGUUGGUAAAUUUCAGAAAGACUUGCCGGAGUGGGAACCUCCUCACAACAGCACUUCCCAGUCAGUGAUUGUUUCACCUACUGGAUUUAGUGCCGGACCUAACUUGGUUGGUGUUCAGAGAGGAAGUGAUGUUUCUGCAUUGUCUAAUAUCAAGCAAAAUGCACAAAAAUCGAGCAUUAGUCAGAAUGAGAAAUGGGCUACUCGGCAGGCUUCCUGGGCAUCCCCCAAGAUGGAAGUCUCUUCAAGAGGCAGGGUAUCACCAAAGGAAGCCAUUGGCAAGUCUGGGCAAGCACAAGAACAAAAUAGUCCACGGCCACUGUCACCACUUAAUGGCAAUCAGCCUCCAGCACUGUCUUAUCAGGUUAUAGGCAGUCAAGUAAACACUGCCAGUAGGUCAGACGCAUAUUAUGAGAAUCCUCAUCCUAAUUGGAGUUCUACAAGCCAACAAUUACCUAGCAGCACUUCUGAAGUUGAACCAGUAAAUGACUCCUAUCAUAGGAGAAACGGUUCAACUAAUGUUCCUCCUACUCCACAACCAAGCAAGAAGAGCUUGAUCGCUGAAGGUUCUUUAAAUAAGCAUUUACCAUCUAGUGCUUCUGUCCAAGCCAUUGCUUCAGCCUGGGUUAACACGGGGGGCAGGGAGGAACCGCAGUCGUCCUUCACAAUUAAUGAACCCAGUAGAGGUAUAUCAAAUUCAUUGAGGGAAUUGGGUUCAUUUUCUUCACAAAGUGUCCCUGAGCAAACUGUUACUUCAGGUGGUGGACAAUCUCUUGCUGCAUCGCUAUCUGCACCAGACACUGUAUUCUUGGGGCAAGCCACAAAUUUGAGCCACCAUCCGGACAAAGUAGAUGCUGCUGGAAGUUUUCAGAAAAAGAAUUCUGAACUCGAACUGUCUUUUCUCUUGCAAAGCCAACAUGAUCAUGGCAAGGAAUCACUGAGAACACGUGGUAGAUCUGCUGAUGAAACUCGAAAAAAAUCUGAGAGGCUUAGUAUUAAAUUGGACACCAGUGUUUCAUCUGAAGAUCCCAAGGAAAAAUUCCAUGCGACUGAAGUGGGAAAUAUAACACCAGCAGCCAGUUCCAAUAUUUACAAGGCUGAUUCAGAGAGGAAUCCAGUUCCUCUGACUGGAUUUUUGGACAACCAGAUACAUCAAGCUUUAACGACUUCAUAUCCUGGAUCUGAUUUAAUGUCAGAGAAGGUCUCAUCUCGAGCGCCUAAUCUGAGUGCUCAUCCUAGUGAUGCGGCUUCUAACUUAUUUGUUCAAUCUGAUGCUUUGGAGUCUAGCUCAGCUCAGAGAUCACAAACAUCUGCAAAUGCAAAUGCUGUGCCUGUACAACCAAACCAGUUGGGUUUUGAUACUGGAUCUAAUGUUCAAAACACUAGUUUUCCAGUGGCUUCACAAAAUCCAAGCCCAAACUCAGGACCUGUACAAGGAACUGGAAAUAUGAGUUGGGCCCCAAUGCCACAAGGAAACAUAAAUGUUGGCUGGGGAAUGGUAGCACAAGGUAAUAUGAACAUGCCAUGGGGACAACCAGCUCAAGCAAUUGCAGGUCUGAACAUGGGUUUGGGAGCUCAGAAUCAGGUAAAUACAAUGAUGAACCCAGGUUGGGUAGCACCAGCACAGGGAAACACAAAUAUGAAUGUAGCUUGGGUUACUCCAGCGGCAGGGAACACAAACCAAACUUCUGGAUGGGGUGGUCAUAUGCAGGGAAAUUUAACAGUAAAUCCUGUUUGGGCAAUGCUUUUACAAGGACAACCAAAUCCUAAUCCUGGCUGGGCAGCACCACCAUACCCAAAUGCAACCCAGAAUUUGGAAGCACCAAUGCAGGGAACCGUGAAUAUGAAUUCUGCUUGGGGAUCAGGACAAGGAAAUAUGAACCCGUCCUGGGUUCCGUCAGCUGGAAAUCCUCAGAGCUCAAGUAUUCAACCGCCAUCACAUGGUGGAGACAGGAAUUCAGGUCAGGGUGACAAUUUACAAGGCAACGACUCUGGGCAUACAAAUCAGAGGCCUUUGUGGAACAGGACGCAGGCUGGUGGAGGAUCAUCUCUGCCUCCAAGAGGGCAGACAGGCAUAUGCAGGUUCCAUGAGAUGGGGCACUGCAAGAAGGGAGCAUCAUGUAACUAUUUCCAUUCAUGAUGAAGAAAGAGCAUAAAGGACAGCUGAUUUUGUUUUAUUUUGUUCAGUUUCUUUUCCAUCUGUUUGUAGUGGUGGAAACCAUGCAUACUUGUAAGCUGUAUUUUGUAAUGCCAUGUAGAAACUUGGAUGGAGUUGGAAGAUCAUCCGAAGCCAUCCAUUACUGCCUUCUGUUUGACCA